AACCAUCCUCCUUGGUUCAUCGAAACAAACGAAAUCAUGCGGGACAACAAGCCGCUCUAUGCUACCGAGUAUUCCGAUAUCUAUCGCGGUGUAUGGGUGGGCAAGGCGCAGGUCGUGAUCAAGUACAUGCGCAACAUGGCCGACCGGGAUCCCAGUGCCGUGCAGGAGUGGCUCGAUACAUGGUACUCGCUGCGUCACGAUCACAUUGUGAUGUUCCUUGGCGGAAAUCUGGAUGUCAUUCCACCCUUCAUCGUGACCCGAUACAAAUCCAAUGGCAACAUCCUCAAUUACCUACAAACACUGGACUGGAAGGAAGACAAGAUCAAUCACUACGUAUACAGCAUUGCCAAUGCCAUUGCGUAUCUACACACCCGCAAAAUCGUCCAUGGCGACAUUCGCACCGCAAACAUGCUGAUCGAUGCAGAUGGUAAGGUCAAGCUCAUGUUUGUAUUCCAUGAGACCAAAGUAGACGAAGAGAGGUUACGCUGGCAGGCACCCGAGUUGCUGGUUGGAGAUGGCCCCACCGCCAGCUUCCCCGGCGAUGUCUAUGCAUUUGGGUGCUUUGUGUAUGAGCUGCUCUCCAAGGGACGUGUUCCGUUCGAGAAUAUUCACACCGAGAGCCUCGCGCGACACCUAAACAAUGGCUAUCAUCUAGAGGAUCCUCUUGAUCUCACGUCCUCUCAGAAUCUCAAAAGGCUGUGGGAUGUCGCCAUGCCAUGCUGGGACUUGGAUCCAAUUCACAGACCA